CUGGCCUCCUCUCUGGACAUCACUGUCCCUCUCUUACAUAAAGUUCCUGCCCGCACAGUUUCGUCUCAUUUUUAUACUGUUUCCUCUUUUAGGUUAAACAUGAGGACAUCUGCGGACAGGUUUGCUGCUCUCCUAUGUCUUCUCUGUUUGGUGGUUGAGGUGCAGUGUGAUUGCACCCAGACAAGCAUUGACAUCAUAGGUGGGAGUUAUACACUGACCAAGAACCUGGAGAAAGGUAGCCUGCUGGUCUAUCACUGCCCUGAAGGACAAUAUCCAUACCCCACCUUGACCCGGCUGUGUCAGGCUAAUGGAUCCUGGGGACCUCUACCCAAAAAAAGGCCAGCACAGAUGUGCAAACGUGUGACGUGCCCAGAUCCAUUUGUUCUAGAAAACGGAAACGUUUCCCCUGCUCAGGAAAAUUACUUUGUGGGAGAUGAAACCACAUACGAGUGUUACUCUGGAUACACGAUGCGAGGUUCAUCCAGCCGGAUCUGUUUACCAAACGGGAAGUGGAACGGCUCCACUCCCAUCUGCAGCCGUGACUCUGGAGAAGCUUGUCCUGAUCCAGGGAUUCCACCUGGGGCCUCAAGAUUGGGAAGCAUGUUUGGUAUUGAUGACAAAGUGAAAUAUGCCUGUAAUGGCAAGAUGUUCCUGGUUGGCUCCAGUGAAAGAGUGUGUCAGGAGAACGGCCAGUGGACGGGCAAAGAGCCGGAAUGCUACUUCAAAUACACCUAUGAUACUCCACAAGAGGUAUCAGAAGCAUUUGGAAGUGCAAUCAAAGACAGCCUCACUACUAUGGAGUCUCUGAAUGAUACGCAAGGCGGGAGAACGAUUAGGAUUUCCAAAGAAGGGACGCUCAAUAUCUACAUUGCUGUGGACAUUUCUGAGAGCAUUGACCAGAAUCAGUUUGAUAAAGCCAGAAAUGCCGUCAUAACGCUCAUCAAGAAGAUUGCCAGAUUCAGUGUGUCACCAAACUACGAAAUCAUCUUCUUCUCCUCUGAAAUUUAUGAAGUUGUCAACAUUCAUGACUUCUUUGACCAGAGAGCUGAUCUGACGAAGGUCAUAGAGGAUUUAGAAAAUUUUGAAAUAGGCGACAAAAACACUGGAACAGAUCUAAAUCUGGCUUUUGUUACUUUUGAGAAACGGAUGUCUUUCAUAAAGGAGCAAGCUGGACCUGAGGGUUUUAAGGAGCAUCGUCACGUGCUGAUCAUGUUUACGGAUGGUGCUUAUAACAUGGGCGGUUCUCCCAAACCCACUGUGGAGAGAAUAAAAGACAUGGUUUAUAUGAAUCACACAGAGGGCGAAAAGGCUGGAUCCAGAGAGGAAUUCCUUGACAUUUAUGUUUUUGCUAUCGGGGCUAACAUCUUUGACGAUGACCUGCAGCCCCUUACUUUAGGAACAGGCGAAAAGCACUACUUCAGGAUGAAAGACAUCACAGAGCUGGGAGAGACCUUUGAUAAAAUAAUUGAUGAAAGUGAAGUUGUAGGUCUGUGUGGUCUUUACCAAGAAUACAAUACAGUGGACAAAAACAGCAUACGAAAAAGGUUUCCAUGGAUGGCAUUUGUCAGAAACACGGGACUAAAAUCAAAGAUGUGCCUCGGCUCUCUGGUGUCACCGGACUUUGUGUUGACCGCUGCUCACUGCUUCACUUUUGGUGAUGAACCCGAAAAUGUGGUUGUUGAACUUCAGGGAUCAGGUCUCAAAGAGAAAAAAGUACGAAAAUUCACAUUGCACCCAAAAUAUAACCUCAAGGCAAAAGCAAAUGAAGGUGUUCAAGAGUUUUAUGACUACGAUGUGGCUCUCAUCAGAUUGAAUGAGUCUGUACAGAUUUCUCCUUUAGCAAGACCCAUUUGCAUACCUUGCACCCAGGAAACAAGUGAUGCUCUAAAACUGGUCGGGAAAUCAACAUGCAAGCAACAAGAGCAGCUUCUUUUAAAGGAUCAACUGGAAAGACUCAGUUUUCUGACCAGACAGAAUUCUUUGGUAGCUGAAAAAGAUGUUUUUGCCAAGCUUGGAGGAAAUAGGAACUUAUGCAUUCAAAAGGCUCUGAAUGCAAAUGGGAUAACGGCUAAAGAUCCAAAGGUGGCUGUGACCGAUAACUUCCUGUGCACUGGUGGGCGGAUUGAACAGAGAAAUCACAUCGCUUGUAGAGGUGAUUCUGGAGGUGCUGUCUUCAAGAACUAUGAGCUUCGCACUGUACAGAUUGGAGUGGUCAGCUGGGGGACCCAUGACCUCUGUAGCACGGGUGGUCUGGUUGAGUCCAAUGACGAAUCCCGAGAUUUCCACAUUAAUUUGUUUAAAAUGGUGGAUUUCUUUAAGUCUGUCCUUGGAGAUGACAGUCAAGAAUACACAUCACUUAAAUUCCUGGAUGAAUAGAAACACUGUUUUGCUCUCUUAAAAACUAAUACUCUGACUCAAACUCAUGAUUUGUCUCGUCUCGUUCACGUUUUCAACCCAUGAUCAAACAGACUUUGUUUCACUGCAAUCUGUAAAUAAACACAAUGGUAAAAAGUU